GUCUAGUGUACGGGUGGUGAGCGUUCAGAUUGGAGAACUUUUUUUUUCUACCCGUGUUCGACGGCCGGCCGAGUCUGAACGAGAACCCAUCCGAUCAACGCGCGACUCCGACCGGGAUCCCGAGUAGCUUCCCACCCCGCGACCACCGGCUCACCACCUGCCCGUCCGAUUUCCCUCACUCCAUCCUUUUCUUGGCAGGGCCUCCAGACGGCGCACACUUACGGAACCUGGGCCCCAGCACGUCAACACCCGGUUGUCGAGCCGACCAUCACCCAUCAAAUAUAUCGCCCAUGAAGAGGAUAGCAACGCCCAGCUUGACGAGCCGGCUGCUCGUCGCCGCUCGCUCCGGAGUGUCGCCCGCCACUGCCGCCAUCCGAUCCCGAUCUGCAAUCUCGGUGCGAUCGCAAUCGACAGCUGCCCUCGCUCAGCACGAUGCAUCCCACGAUCUCAACAAUGAUCGGUUCCCCCCGCUUGAGCCCCUCCCCCCCGCGGCCGAGUCCCUACCGUCGCCCCUCCCCGAACGGGCCUUGACCUCGGCCAAACUGGCCGCCCUCCACGCCCGUUUGAAUCUUUCUCCCAAGAUCCCCUUACAGACAUUGGCAAGGACACUGGUCGACGCCUCGGCCGACGAGAACCCGCAGUUCAACAACGCCAACCUCGCCUUCGUUGGCCAGACCCUCAUCAACUACCAUAUUGCCGAAUGGCUCCUCUGCAAAUACCCCCGUCUACCCCAGGGAAUUCUCUUCAGUGCCAUGAAGGCUUAUGCCGGACCGAAGCCCUUGCUCCAGAUUGCGCGGUCAUGGGGUGUUGAUACCGCCGCGGUGCCCGGCGGCGAGGUGGAUCCCGGUCUUCUGCAGUUCGAUGCCCUUAAGCCCGGCGUCGCCAUCACAAAUUUCGGCUACAAGCGUACAGAGCUCGCCUACCUCGAGAAGUUCAAGUGGCGUCGCGGUAUGGCCUCGCGUGUCGUUCUCGACGACGACUUUGGUGAUGUCGUGCGCAGCGACCCCAAGGUUGCCGCCGAUCUGGAGAAGGCGAUGGAAGAGCAGGAUCAGGACAAGACUCCCGACGAGGAGGAGGCCGAGAUGGUCGCUAAUGAGCAGGACCAGGACGUGAGCUACGACCGCUACGGCAACCCCGACACCCGGGCCGCUGCUGAGCGGGCCCACGCCUACUUUGUGCGCGCCGUCGUCGGUGCCAUCUACGCCCACUGCGGCCGCGAGGCCGCCAAGGCCUUUGUCAAGGCGCACAUCAUGUCGCGCACCCUCGACAUUGCCAAGCUCUUCGAAUUCAAGUACCCCACCCGCGAGCUCGCCGCGCUCUGCGCCCGUGAGGAUUUCGAGCCCCCCGUGGCUCGUCUCCUCUCCGAGACGGGUCGCCAGUCGCGCACCCCCGUUUUUGUUGUCGGUAUAUACAGCGGCAGCGACAAGCUCGGCGAGGGCGCCGCCUCCUCUCUCGACCACGCCCGCUUCAAGGCCGCCAUGAACGCCCUGAAGGCUUGGUAUCUCUACAGCCCUGGCGAGAACCCUCGGGUACCCAGUGAUAUGCUGGAGGAGGGUGCCAAGCCCUGGACGCCAGCAUACAUUGAUAUGGGUGAGGUUAUCUCCCGCUAAAUGAGGAGGCUGAAACACGGAGCAUGGCGGCGGACAGUACGGCAGGGCAGUAGAGAACUUAGGAAGUGUAUGAAACGAAAGGUAAAAAGAGAGUCGCAGAUGGCCUGCUUACACUCUCGGUUUUAUUGGUUGUGCGGCCCAUCAACUCGGGAUAGGUUCCCCUUGUGGAAAUCGACGCAAGAGGAUCGAGAGGGAAACAAAACAACGAGUGGAUUUUGUUGGUGUGGUCUAAAAGCUCAGCUUACCUUUCCACUCUUGUCCUGUCCUGUUGAGAGCGGGCAAUUUCCGUCCUGCGAAGGAAGGGGAUAUUAAAUGGAUGGUCCUCUCCCAUCCAGUCACUCCCUUUCCUUCCAUUGUUUCUUGCUCUUUUUGCCAAAGACGAGAUGUUGUAUACAGAUUUGCGCGCAACGGACAUACAUGUACACACACGCACACCCCCGCCACAUAUACCAAUACAAAGGGGGGUUGGGACGGAACGGGGAAUGAAGAGGGUCUGGAUGGUGGCUGCUUGGCUCUGCUUUCGACAAAGAGAGACACAACCCUCGUCGGGGUGGCAUCUGUGUCCUUCUUUCUCAGUGUAUAAUACCAAAAAAGUAGCCGAGGCCAGGGAGAAGGAAGAUCAUCGUCUGUAUGUGUAGCAUUAAGAAGUCAAAUUUUUUACGAGGCAUCAACGAAGUACAUGACAUGAUAAAUCCUUCCUCUACGUAUUGACUGCUCUGGCAUGAGGAGAAGGCUGUGUAAGAGAGAAUAUGGUACUACGCAAUUUACACGCAUUGUAC